AUGUCUAAUUUGAAAUUAUUUUAGCUUACUGCCUAUCAGAAUGCCAUCAUAGUAUCAAAUAUACCUAUUAUUAGAUUAAAUCAGAUUUACCCUAUUUAACCACCUAGCUAAAAUUUCACAGAGUUUCAUCGAUUAUAGAAGAAUCUCCUAAACAUUAAGAGUAAGAAGGUAAAAUCAAAGGAGAUAAAAGAUGCUCAUAUAUUUUGGGAGUCUUUAAGACAUAUAAUAAGUCAUUCAUAGUACUUGUUGAAGAAUGUACAAAAGUAGCUACAAUCCAGGAAUAAAUUAUUUAUCACAUUGAUUAAGUAUCAUAUGUUGCUAUUGAAGUAAAAAACACAUUUAAUUAGAGGACAAUAAUCCUAAUAACAAUAAAGAUAUUUUAGAAAGCUUAAGCAAUUAAAAGAAAUUAUUGUAAUAAGGAUUCUAUUUCUCACUCUUUGGUGAUAUAACCCUUGCUAGACAUUUUUAAAAGUAUGAAAAUAGUUUUGUUUGGAAUAAUAAGCUACUUAGCUCUUUUAGAGAAAAUAAAAUCUCCUCUAGUUGGCAAUUACCUAUGAUAUAAGGAUAUGUUGAAUAAAUUGAUUCAUAUAUUGAUAAAAAACCAAUUACCGUGGUCUUAAUUUCCAGAAGAAGUAGAUUUAUGGGAGGUACUCGCUACUAUUCAAGAGGAGUCAAUGAUGAUGGACAUGUAGCUAAUUUUGUUGAAACAGAAUAAUUACUUAUUUAAGGUUAAAUCUUAAUAAGUUUUGUUGUUAUAAGAGGGUCAGUGCCAUUAUUUUGGAAUUAAGAUAGUGUGUCUAAUAUAAAAUUAACUAGAUCAAAAGAAUUAACAUAAGCUGCAUUUGUUAAACAUUUUAAUCUGUUAAGAAGAUAUGGUAAGAUAUUUUGCAUAAAUUUAAUGUAAAAUAGUAGAUAAAUAGAGUAAUUAUUAACAGAUAAUUUUUAUUAUCAAUUUUAGAUGGCUUAAUUAGAUCAUGUUAAUUAUUAAUAACUUGAUUUUCAUUCAUUAGUAAAAAAUGGUAAAUCUACUGGUGUCAAUUCCUAUAUUUAUUAAUAUGAAUAAACUUUGGAUAAAUAUUAAUGUUAUAUUGAAAAAGAUAAAUAAAUGAUAACAAAAUAAAAUGGAGUUUUUAGAAUAAAUUGUUUGGAUUGUUUAGAUAGAACUAAUUUAUUUAUGAGUAAACUCUGUCUUUAUAGUUUGGAUAGAUCUUUAAAAAUAUUAAAUCUUUAAUUAUCAAGUAAUCCAGAUAUUCUUAAUUAUUUUGAUGAAAAUAAUAAAAAAUUAUUACAUGAUCUAAUUAUUAAAUAUAAGAUUAUGUGGGCUAAUAAUGGAGAUAUGUUGAGUUUCAUAUACUCAGGAUCAGGUAGUACUGUAUCAGAGAUGGCAAGAGAAGGAAAGAGAGGAUUUAUGGGAAUGCUUAAAGAUGGAUAUAAUAAUAUUGAGAGAUUUUAUAAUCGUUAAUUUGAGGAUGAUACAAAAUAAAAUACUAUUAAUUAAUUACUAUAUGGUUUAACAUCCUAAACUCAUUUUGAUACUUGGAUUACAUAACAAGAAAAGCACUUUUGUACAUAAAGUGAGAUUUCUAUAUUUUUAACAACAUGGAAUGUUGGUGGCAAUAAUCCUGUUACAACAAACUUUUCUUAAAAUAUAUUAAAUUUUUAAGAACAAUCUAAUCCUGAUAUUAUUAUAUUUGGUUUAUAAGAGAUUGUUGAUUUGAAUCCAUAAAAUAUAGUCAUUAUGAGCAAUGAAAAAACACUUUAGUUAUGGGAUUAAUUAUUUCAAUCUAAUUUAUCUAAAAUUGAACCAUAUACAAAAAUUGGAGAAUCUGAUUUGGUUGGUUUAUAUAUGGCUAUAUAUGUGAAAACAUCCUAAAUCUCUAGAAUAACAUAAAUUGAUACAGAUGUGGUUAAAACAGGUUUAGGUGGGACCUUGGGGAAUAAGGGAGGUGUUUCAGUGAAAUUUAAAUUUGAUGAUUCUCAAGUAAAAUAUUAUCUAUAUCAUUAAUUUAGUUAGGAUUUACUUGUUGUCAUCUUACUUCUGGUAAUAAAUAAUGCCAAUAAAGAUUAUAAGAUAUUGAUGAGAUUCAUCAAAGAGCAUUUUAAAAUUCUAAAUCUAAAAUAAGUUUAAGCAAUCUCGAUUAUUCAUUUUUUUUUGGUGACAUGAAUUUUAGAAUAGAUUUGCCAUAUUAAGAAGUUAUUGAAUAAAUUAAGCAUUAUUAAUAGUUAAUUGCAUAAGAUUAGAAUUGUCCAAAUGCUAAAGCUAAGUUAGCAUAUUUACUCAAUUAAGAUUAACUUGGAAAGAAUAAAAAUAGAAAUUAAUAUCUACAAAACUAUUAAGAGGGUAGCAUAUUCUUUUUGCCAACAUAUAAAUAUGAUAAAAAUUGUCAAAUUUAUGAUACUUCUAAAAAACAAAGAACUCCAUCUUGGUGUGAUCGUAUUUUAGUUAGUUGUAAGGAGGAAUUAAUUUGUUAAUAACGUUUUUAUAAAAGAAGUGAAUGCUUAGAUAGUGAUCAUAGGCCUGUCUCUAGUUAUUAUGUUAUAGAAAUCAAAAAAAUUGAUAAAGAAAAACUUGAUUUAGUAAAAGCAUAAUAUUGUUUGUCAAAAAUGUAGAAUUUUAAAAAUCAUUAACCUCAUUAGGAUGUUCCAAAAUAACAUUCUGCUAUUGUAUAAUUCUAAAGAUAGCAAUAACCUUAAUAAACAGAUGAUUAUUAGGACUUCUUUAAGGAUACUUAAAACUUUUAAUACUAAGGUUAAAAUUAAAAAGCAUAAUCGAAUUUAAUUAAUCCUUCAUAAUAAUAAUAAAUGUAAUAAUAAUAAUAAUAACAAUAGUAAUAAUAAUAACAAUAGUAAUAGUAAUAAUAAUAAUAAUAAUAAUAAUAAUAAUAAUAAUAAUAAUAAUAAUAAUAAUAAUAAUAAUAAUAAAGAUUGCCUGUUUAAUAUAUGUAAUAAAAUAUAUAAUAAAUUUAAUAACCCUUAACUUCACCUUUAGAUUUAAUAAAUAUGGAUGAUAAAUAAUAAUAGUAUUAUUAAUAACCUCAAGUGUUACAAUAAUAUGCUAUGUAAUAGAUGUAAUAGCAAUAAAGACUAGAUCAUUCUACAUAAUAACAAUAAAAAGCAAAUUAAUAUCCACAACAACCUGAUUUAUUAUGA